AUGCGUGCGAGUGGAAGGAGAAGCGAGAGAGGGUCGGGCUCCCCAUCGUUGCACUCCAAUGAGAGCGAGGAGCAGUUCGAGCGGAGACUUGCGCUUGAGAGAGACCUGCAGAGUGAGGCAGCGGCAAGGCAUGAGAGGGAGGUUUACCGCAACGAGCACGAGCUGCAACGAUUCGAGAAAGCAACGGAGAGGGAGGAGAAGGCAGACUCGCGCAAGCAGGAGGAGGUGAAGGAGGCGCAGAGGCAGGCGCUGAAGAGCCAUGUCCGCCACGUGAAGGAGGAUGAGGAGGGUCAUGAAGAGUUCCUGGAGCGGGAGAUGCGAGAAGACGCGAAGGCUGAGCGUGAAGACGUUCUGCAACAGGAAGUGAAGGAGAGGAGGGAGAGGAAAGAAGCUGCUGAAGAGCAGGAGCAGCAGCGCAAGGAGGAGAUGGAGGCGGCUCGCAGGAUGGAAAAGAAGUUCCAUUCGCAGAGGAAGGAGGCGAGGAAGGAGGAAGGCAAAGAGAAGCAGGAGGAGGAAGCGGUAUCGGCUCUUGUGCCUGCAGUUGGGCGCAAGCGACUUCCCAGUGGAGAGGAGGAGGGUGUCGGCCCCGAGGAGGAGAAGCAGAUCUCCAAAGUUGAGAGUGUCGAUCGAAAGGAGGCGAGGGCGAGGGAGAAGCUCCAGGAGGAGGAGAGGGAGCACCAUCAACAGGAGGACGAGCGAGAGGAGAAGCUGCGGCACAUGCAGGGGAAGGUGAAAGAGGAGGAGGAGGAGAAAGAGGAGGAGGAUAAGCAGCAGAGCGCCCAGUUUGUGCGGAGGGCGGAGGCUCGUGCGGAGGAGGAGGUUUCGAAGGAGAGAAGGAAGGUAAAGGAGGAGGAGAAAGCCGACUUGGAGGAGCAUCUGGAGCGAUCCAGGGAAGAGGCGGCGCAGAGGAAGAAGGAGAGAGCAGCCGUGCAUCUUAUGGAGAAGAAGAGGCAGGAGAAGAUCCAGAAGCAUGAGAAGUCGGAGGAGGAGAAGGUCAAGAGCUCGAGGAGCGACUGGGAGGCGGCGGAGAGGGAGAAGCAAGCUCUCCUGCGCAAGACCUUCCUCGACCAGGCUGUGCGGGCGAGGAGGAAGAUGAUGGAGCUGGAAGGGGACGCGAUGAAGAGGAGGGAGGAGAGGAGGGAGACGGAGAGGGAGCAGGAGGUGCAGCACGAGAAGAAGCUGCUGUCAAGUAGAAUGGAGAGAAGGAAGGAGGAGGCCAGGAAGACGCUUGAGAGGAGGCGAGCGAGCAAGUCCCUAGCGCAUGAGGCCAGCAACCCUCUUCCUCCUGCUCCUCCUGUCCAAGGAAGUGCGAGGGAGGAGAGAGAUGGUGCGGUGCUAGAGAGGCUCCGUAGGGUGGACGACAGAGAUCGGACCAAGGAGCGUCAGCGUCGGUUGCGGGAGGAGGAGGAGGCGCAUGCCCAGCACUCCAAGAUCAAGAAAUUUGAGCAAGAAGCAGUUCAUCGUGCUCUUGCCAGGGAUCGGAAGUGGAAGGCAAGCGAGAAGCUCCACCAGAAGAUGCUCGAGAGGGCUGCUGAGAUCGAACGAUCCCAGCACGAGGAAGCGACAAGUCACGCUCACUGGAAGCACGCUGUCCGGGACCUUGCUCUCAAGCAUGUGAAACGGCAGCUGGAGGAAGACGUCGAGGCUCUGAAGCACCUCGAGCACAAGGAGGCCCGAGAGCCCGCAGGGAUGAAGGAGGCGAAGAGCAUGUGGGAGAAACUCGUCGAGACGAGGAGGCAGACGCAUGCUGAAGAGGAGAGGAAGUACAAGCGCGCGAGGAGGAGGGUGCUGGUAUCGAAGCAGGCGCUGCGGAAGGCGAGGGAGGAGCUGGAGCAAGACAAGGAGAAGGAGGAAGAGGGGAAAAUUCCCUUGAAGGCGGCGGAGAAGCAGGUCGAGGAGCAAGAGGAGGCGAUGAAAAUCCUCAAGGGGAUCGUGAGGGAGCGAGAGAGGAAGCAGAGGAAGGAGCAGGCAGAAUUGUUCGCGCAGGCGUGA